AUGGGCUCUUCUCUUCUUCCAUAUUCAGCAAUUUUGGCUUCUUUCCUCUUCAUCAGUAUCUCCAUUUGUCUCAACUUGACAAAAGCGCAGCAAACUGGCACGACUAGACACUAUAAGUUUGAUAUACGGCUGCAUAAUGUGACCAGAUUAUGUCACAGUAAACGCAUGCUUACUGUCAAUGGCAAGUUCCCAGGGCCUCUCAUUACUGCGAGGGAGGGCGAUCGUGUUGUAGUCAAGGUGGUUAACCAUGUCUCCAACAAUGUCAGCUUUCAUUGGCAUGGUAUUCGGCAACUCUUGAGCGGUUGGGCAGAUGGACCGGCGUAUAUAACCCAGUGCCCCAUCCAAAGUGGCCAGAGCUAUGUUUACAACUUCACCAUUGUCGGGCAGAGAGGAACUCUAUUUUGGCAUGCUCACAUUACAUGGUUACGAGCCACUCUCUAUGGACCACUCAUCAUUCUCCCCAAGGAAAAUACGUCGUACCCUUUUGUUAAACCCUUCAAGGAAGUUCCAAUCAUCUUUGGAGAAUGGUGGAAUGCAGAUACGGAGGCUGUUAUCAAUCAGGCACUUCAAACAGGAGGUGGACCAAACGUUUCUGAUGCAUAUACCAUUAAUGGAUUCCCUGGUCCGUUGUAUAAUUGUUCUGCCAAUCAAACAUUCAAGUUGAAGGUGAAACCUGGAAAGACAUAUCUGCUCCGUAUAAUCAAUGCUGCACUCAACGACGAGCUGUUUUUCAGUAUCGCCAACCACACAUUCACCGUUGUUGAGGCUGAUGCGGUUUACGUAAAGCCAUUUGAAACCGAUAUUCUCCUAAUAACGCCAGGACAAACCACCAAUGUUCUUCUAAAGACCAAGUCUAAUCCCUUAAACACCACCUUCUUGAUGGCAGCCAGGCCAUACUUCACCGGUCAAGGCACAUUCGAUAAUUCCACUGUUGCUGGAAUCCUUGAAUACGGAAAAUUCUCAGCUAAAAACCACUCAAAUUUUUCUAUCAGAGGCCUCCAACUCCCUAUCCUUCCACCAAUUAACGGAACUUCCUUCGUUGCAAAUUUCAGUAAUAAGUUUCGCAGUUUGGCAACUGCCCAAUUUCCAGCGAACGUGCCCCAAUCCAUUGACAAGCAUUUCUUCUUUACCUUAGGCCUUGGAAGCAGUGCAUGUCCCAAAAACCAAACUUGCCAAGGGCCCAAUGGCACAAAAUUUGAAGCUUCUGUUAACAAUAUCUCUUUCACACUGCCUACAGUAUCACUUCUUCAAGCCCACUUCUUUGGGCAAUCAAAUGGUGUGUAUACCACUGAUUUCCCGAGCUUUCCUAUUACCCCAUUCAAUUACACAGGUACCCCACCUAACAAUACAAAGGUGGCCAAUGGAACCAAAGUGGUUGUCCUUCCUUUCAAUACCACUGUGGAACUCGUGUUGCAGGACACCAGCAUUCUUGGUGCUGAAAGCCACCCUCUCCAUCUUCAUGGCUACAACUUUUUCGUCAUUGGCCAAGGUUUUGGGAACUUUAAUCCUCAAAAGGACCCACUGAAUUACAACCUUGUCGAUCCGGUUGAAAGAAAUACUAUCGGCGUGCCUUCUGGCGGUUGGGUAGCCAUCCGUUUCCGUACUGAUAAUCCAGGUGUCUGGUUCAUGCACUGUCAUUUCGAAGUCCAUCUCAGCUGGGGUUUGAAGAUGGCAUGGAUAGUUUUGGAUGGGAAGCUGCCUAACCAAAAACUGCCGCCUCCACCGUCAGAUCUUCCCAAGUGUUGA